UUUGAUUCAUUCUCAGUGUGCUCUGCCUUGGUCCUUUGAAACAGAAUGGACAGUGAGCAAAAGGUCAAAGCUGUUGUUGCUGGUUGCAUAUAUUCAGGGCCACAAUUGACAGCAGAGCCAUAGGAAGAUCAUACUAUUAAAUAUGGCAAAAUGCUUGGUCAAGAUACGGACUCAGCGAAGCCUCCACUUGCACAUGAUGAACCACUGCAGCAGUAAUGUGUUUGUCCGUCUGCUGAAACAUGGCUCCAAGGUCAUACCUCGAAAUGCUGGUACCCCACUGCCUAAAGCAGAUGUUUCUGAGCCCCUGAUUGCCAGUUCACCAGUGAAGGGAGCUCCGAGUGCAGAUCCUCUGAGUGACAAGGAAGAUAAAGUAAAAGAAGACUCCUUGACCAUCUCUGAACUAGUAUACAAUCCCAGAGCCAGGCUGCUCCCUACUGCAGUGGAUGAGGAUGAAACUGACAUGCUUUUUGAUUGUCCAUCUUGGCUCGAAUUAGAAAGAGAAGACACAGAUUCAUUCGAGGAAUUGGAAGCAGAUGACAAUGCAUUUUUGAUGGCUGAAGAGGAGGAACCUAAGGAAGCUCGUCAGGCUUUGUCAUGGAGCUAUUCCAUCCUGACCGGCCGUAUCUGGGUCAACCCUAUAGUCAAGCGUUGCUCCAGGCUCCUUGUGGUGGGCCUAGGACUGAUGUUAUUUGUAUUUCCCCUGCUCCUCCUCCUUCUAGAGUCAGGUAUUGAUCUCUCCUUCUUAUGCAAAAACCAGAAUUUGAGCAGUUUCACUAUGAAUACUACUAGCCCCUGAAGAAGUGGGUAUCUUAGAGGUCAACAUUGUUGUGUACUUGUUGGGAUUCCCUGAUGAGAAUAAAGGAUGCAUUCAAUAUUAAUAUUAUUUGUUUUUCAGUAGUUACCAUGUUCCAAAUGGUCGUGGGUUUGUAUGCCAAACCCUUAAGUUGGCUUUCUGUACUUCUAUAUACUUACUAUCACUUUAAAUCAGGUAAGGUUAUUUUAUUUAUAUGUUAGAAAGGUAGCCUUUAAGAAAUCAAAGCUAUAUUAUUUUUAUUGGUGCGUAGACAUUUUCCUGUUCCUACAUCAAAGUGAAUUAGCUUUUCCUGUUUCUUUGUCGUUGUCAGCAUUAUGAAAUAGUUAAUAGUUUUAGUCUACGUCUAAAAGAAUGAUUUUCAAUAUAAUUCUUAGUGAAAACAGCAUUCUCUAAGAAAUGUUUAUACAACUAAAUUUACAGUGGGCUUUUCUUUCAGUUUUUAAAAAGUAUUUUUAUAUUCAAAGAAUUUUGGUAAACAUUUUUUUAAUGAAAGAAGUCCUAUUGAAUCAUUUAAAUAUAUUUAUUAUGAAACUAGUGCACAAAGAUAUAGCAGAAGUUUUUUUUAAUAUAAUGGCAUUAGUUUUAUAAAACAUGUUUGGCUAAGCAAUCCUAUACUUUGUAACUGUCUAUCUGCAUAUGAUAUAGAAAAUUAGUAAAAACAAGUUGUAAGUUGUCCAAACAGAUGCUUGAAUUGGAGAUGCAGACAGAGAACACUGAGUUGGCAUGUGAAGAGCACCUUUCAACAUUUAGACAUGAUAAUCUAACAGUUUCAUUUUUGUUAUGCCCGUGGAUUUAGCCUGGAUAAGCAACAUGUUUUGAAAAGAAAAUGAAAUUUGAAAUUUGAAUUUUGAAAGGAAAGAAAUACUACAAAGAUUCACUAGUUAAUUACAUAUUGUUUACUAAUUGGAGUGAAGGAAGAUGAGUUGGAAAGAUGAAAGGCACCAAAGAAGAACUCUGAUGACACUUGUGGACAGAUGGUCUUUCGGGUGGAAGUGAUAGUAGGGCAGGACAUUCAUUGUAAGGAGCUGCUCUCCUGCUCUCCAGUUCUACAACAGCACGUUUCAGUGAUUCUAAUGAAAGCAGAAAAACUUUGAAGUAAAAUACUUUUGAUCCUUCACAA